AUGAGAUCGACUUUGUUCGCCGUGUGCGCAUUUGCGCUGUGCGCUCACUGUCUGGCCGCCGACGACAAGUCGGCCAAGAAAACCGAAGCCGUGGCCGACAGCAAGGCCCAGGGUAAGAGAAGUCUGUUCGACACCGGUUACGGUUUCGGUGGCGGUCACGCUGAUAUCCUGUCCGCGGGUUACGGACACGGACUCAUCUCGUCCGGUGGUUACGGAGGCGGUUACGCUGACUUAAGCGGCCACGACUCGUACGCCGUCGGUGGACACGACGCAUACGCCGUUGGUGGACACGACUCCUUCUCAGCAUACGGUGGACACCAAUCAUACCAACACCACGUGCCAGUCAAGACCAUCACCAAGAGCGUGGCUCUGCCAUACCCGGUUGAGGUAGCCAAGCCAUACCCAUACCCCGUCAAGGUAGCCGUUCCAGUCGACCGCCCAUACACCGUUGACGUGCCACAGCCAUACCCCGUACACGUGGAAAAACCAUACCCCGUCAAGGUUCCAGUGCCACAUCCAUACCCAGUCGUCAAGGAGGUUCCAGUGCCCUACAAGGUGGCCGUCGACCGCCCGUACCCAGUGCACGUAGACAAGCCAUACCCAGUGUACGUCGAGAAGCAAGUGCCAUACCCAGUAGAGAAGGCCGUCCCCUACCCAGUCAAGGUGCCCGUCGACCGUCCCUACCCAGUGCAUGUACCAGUCGAGAAGAUCGUACCAUACCCAGUCGAAAAGGCAGUCCACUACCCAGUCAAGGUGGCCGUUGACCGUCCAUACCCAGUAGCAGUCGAGAAGCACAUCCCAUACCCAGUUGAGAAGCAAGUGCCGUAUCCAGUCGUCAAGGAAAUCCCAUAUCCCGUCAAAGUGCCAUACAAGGUGGCCGUUGCCGUCCCAUACCCAGUCAAGGCAUACCAACCCGACCACUACGAACACCACGAUCACCACGACUACCAUCACGGCAGCUCCGGAUACUAA